AUGGCGGUCCAAAUGAAUUCGAUGAGUUCUGGUAAUGGCGGGGUUGUUAGAUUGAAGAAUGGCACCUCAGAAUAUGUAUCAGUAAUAAGUUCACCCAAUACCAAAGUAUCUAAUUAUGUGUAUUAUGGACAUAGUGCUUUAGCGAACAAUUUUUAUAUGUUUGAUGACCAGCCAAAAGUUAUCUUUGCAGAAGAGAAAAGUGGCAGUUUCUUUAUUGUGACAAAGAAUGGGUUAUUCAAAUACGAAAAACAAGAUGGGAAAAUGUAUUAUGUGGACAAGGAUCUAAUUUCAUGUUAUCCUGCUAUAGCUAACGAUCGCAAUAGCAUUGCAUCCUUCAGUAUUUCAAACAAUACAAUUAUAUUGGGAUCUAUGAACAUGGGAAUUCUUAAAGCUGAUAUUAAUGAUCCAUUCAGAAAGGUGGAGAUGUAUAUUGGGAGCUCUACCCGUGAUUAUUAUGGUACUGGUAUUCCUUUUAAUUAUUCUGGUAUUAGUUCAAAGCAGUUUAAUCUUCAAUUAAAUGAACUAUUUGUUUCAUGUGAUUGUGAAAAAGGAUAUGGUGGUGAAAAUUGUCAAUACCCUAUUUGUAAUGGACUUUUAGCUAAUGAUACAAAUGUAUGUGGUGGUCGUGGUAAAUGUAUUGCACUUGACACUUGUCAAUGUGCUAUUUCUCAAGGUGGACAAGUUUUUUACAAUGGGACUCUUUGUCAAAAUUUGUAUUGUUACUCUCACAGCUCUAAGGAAGCACAAGUUUGUAACGGAAGAGGUCAAUGCUUCUUGAAUGCAACUACAAAUAUUGGUGGAUGCAAAUGUAAUGAUCAAUAUUCAGGAGACACUUGUGAAAAGUUUUCAUGUAGUGGCAUUUUAUCAACUGAUCCAAAAGUUUGCAACUCUCAAGGAUCAUGCAUUGCAAAAGAUACAUGUGUUUGUAAGAAUUCUCAGCAAGAUGGUUACUGGGAUGGAAUUGAUUGUGGUUCAUGUACUCCAGAAUAUAGUUCUGUACAAACUGGUUGUAAAACUCUAAAUUGUGAUCCUGUAAGAACUUGUAAUGGUCAUGGCACUUGUAAUUCAACUUUUGUUUGUGAAUGUUCUGGAUUUUGGGAUGGUAAAUAUUGUUCUCAGUGUAAAGCAAAUUAUUAUGGACCAGAUUGUACAAUAUUCUGUACUCCUCAAUCCAAAUGUUCCUCACGAGGAUUAUGUAAUGUGAAUGGAACGUGUGAUUGUCAAUAUAGUCAGCAAACAGGUUAUUUUGGUGGAAUUGCAUGUGAUGUGUGUGCAAUUGGUUAUUAUGGAAAGGAAUGUUCUACAAAGAUUGCAGGACCUGUAAAAUUCUUAGACAUGUUAAAUGGUAUCAAAUUAAUAAUUGUUGCUCCAUCUUCAUAUUCUUUGAAUAGUGUUGAUUGUUCAAAGUUAAUUCACACAAGUUAUUUGAGCAAAAUGGGAACUGCUCCAUCAUGUUAUUGGACCAAUAAGGUAAUUGGAGAGUUUACAAUACUUUUAGGUUCAGACUACACUUUGAAACCAAAUGAUUAUUUGAAACUGAAUAGACUUAUAUUCGAUAAUGGUUUGUCAGAAUACACUACAGUACAAGUUUUGAAUGCUGAAUCUCCAGUUAUUCCUAUUGCAUCAAUUAGAUCAUUUUCCCUAAUUUCUUUGUGUGAUUCAAUUAUACUCGAUGGUUCUGGAUCAUACUCAGGUGAUAUGAAGCCAUUGAACUAUAAUUGGUCUGUGGUUUCAUCACCUUCUAAUAUCUUAUCUUCUAUUAGUGUAUCAAAUACUCCAAUAUUUGAAAUAUCAUCCAAUAGUACUAAAUUACCAGGUAUCUAUCAAUUUUCUCUUACUGUUGAAAGUUCAAUUUCAGGAAAGCAGAGUAAUCCAAUUGUUUUUUCUGUUGAAAAAUUAUCAGCACCUCUUCCUAAGAUUUCAACUGUUGAUCUUUCUCCUUCAACUUUCUUUUCAAGUUCUACAGUUUUAAUCAAACAACUUAUCAGUUUCCCAUCAUGUUAUUAUGAAGAUAAAUCCAUGACAAUUGUUUGGAAGCAAACAAGUGGGCCAGUAGUUGACAUGGUUGUUGACUCGAAUGAUAAUCUCUUGAUAAGAAAGUUCUUAACCAAAGGAGAUCAAUUCUAUUCAUUCUCAGUUUCUGCCACUUCAAAAGUAAACUCUGCUUCCACUUCUGAUACAACAGUAUCAAUUAGUACCAUUUCAAAACCACUCACUCUCUCAGUUUACUCUACCAUGAUAACUUCUAGCUCAGCUUCCAUUACAGCUUCAUUUGUGGACCCUGAAGGACUGAUCGAUUCAGAAACUUGGUUAUGGGCCUGUUCUGAUUUGACAUCUGGAUCCUCUUGUAGUCAAUCCAUUCUAGAUGUUUUGAAUUCUUACUCUACUUUGAAGAGUACUACCAUUAGUGUUCCCUUGUCUGCUUAUACUGAACCAAAACCAACUUUGAGAAUAAGUCUUAGAAUUGUUAAGGGGUCAAGAAGUGUGGAUUCUAAUGUAGAUUUCAUUAUACCAGGGUUGGGAAUUUCACCACCAACAAUUAGUUUGAUUUCCUUAUCUCCUCAAAAAGCUUACAUUUUACAGCAAUCAGAUAUUAUUAAUAUUGAUUUGGAUAUUACUGCCAACAAUGAAAGAACAGAUAUUGACCAAUACAUUUCAAGAGAAUGGACUCUUAAUGGUGUAUUAUUAAGUUCCACCAGUCCUGUUCUCAACAAAAUGUCCAAAUCUCCAUCCACUUCAAACUCUAUAGUUAUUGAUCCAUCAACCUUGACAGAAGGAAGUACUUAUACAGUUGGUCUUACAGUGAGUGAUUUAAGAGUAGUUCAAAAAGCAAAAUUUUCAACCAGUUUUACAAUUGCAACUACUCCAAAACCAUGUCCAUGCUCUGUUUCUCCAAGUAGUGGUUACGCAUUUGAUACAUUAUUUACCCUUCAGUGUUCAAAUUGUCAAAAUGCUGCCAACUCUAUUAAAAUUACAUAUGGUUUCAUUGAUGACAAGACAAUGGUUGAAAUGGCUCUCUAUUCAGGUAUUCAAUCCUAUUCAACAAAACUUCCAAGUACUAGUUCACCUGCGACAAACCCUUAUGUUUCUGUAUUCUUCAAAAUUAUUGAUACAAAUUCUGGUGCCUUUAUAAUUCAAAAAUCAAGUGUAAAGGUGGUAUUACCAGUUUUAAAGACUCUAGCUGAGGUGACCAAGAAAACAGCCUCCUGGACCAUCUAUGCCAAGACUUUGAAAGUUGGUGAUCCAAACAAGUAUAUUUUCAGUACUACUUAUAUUUCAAGAGCUACUACCAUAUUGUAUUCUUCCAUAACCGUUGUAAGAAGUAUAAGAACAAUAACAACAGUUUGUGAACAUGGUGGUAAAGUUGAUGAUGUUUCAGGAAAGUGUAUAUGUCCUUCAGGUUACUAUAAAGUUGAUUGUAGUAUGAGUGAGGACAUGUUCACUGCAUUCCAACAAAUGAGAUUAGAUUUGCUAGAAUCAUUUGUUGAAAAUUAUGACAAUAGAAAUCCUGAUGAGCCAAUGACUGAAUCCUAUAUAGCUACUCAAACAUUUGAUCUUGCUUCAUUUGUUGAAAAUUAUGAUGAAAUUAAUAAUUACAUUUUUGAAAAAUGUUUCACCAUAUUUAAGAGUUUGAUUGAGGGAACUUUACAAAAUGAAGAGGCAUCCAUUUCAUCCACAGUAUCCGAUUUGUUGAUUAAUAUUGUCAAUUCUCUGUAUAAUUACAUGACAUUUUCUGAAUUAGAAGGAAUGGAUCUCAAAGUUAAGGAAUUGGAAAUAAUUGUUAAUCAUAUUUCUAAAUUAGUUCUGAGAGGAAAGUUUGUUGGAGAGAAGGAUAUUUCAUUCACUACUCAAUUCUUGACCUUAUCAACAAACAAAUUGUACAAGAGUGACUUCUCAUCUCUAUCAAUUCACAAUG